AUGGGCCUCCCCUCACAUGAUAGCUCGCCGAGAAGUGCUUCCCCCGACCAUCACGCCAAACCAAAGGUGUUGCCGGACGUCAGCAUUGCGGAUUCAGCCCUGUUCAAGCGUGUGGAGGGAAGGACUUUCGAGACGGAAAGCUUGGAGGACUUUUACAAACCCAUUGCCGAGUAUGAGGGCGCUCAUCGCUAUGAUCCAAAGUUCGCGUGGGAACAGAAGGAGGAGAAACGAGUUGUACGGAAGAUCGAUGCGCGAAUUUGUACUUGGGCUUGCUUGAUGUUCUUCGCCCUGCAGCUUGAUCGUGGCAAUAUAUCGCAAACGCUCAGUGACAACCUUUUGGAGGAUCUUGGAAUGUCCACAAACGACUAUAACACAGGACAGACAAUCUUCUACGUCUCUUUCCUGUUCGCCGAGCUGCCAUCGCAGCUAAUAUCGAAGAAAUUAGGACCAGACAAUUGGAUACCUAUCCAGAUGGUGUCCUGGAGUCUUGUAGCGUGCAUGCAGGCUUUCCUAAGUGGCAGGAGCUCCUUCUGGGCGACUCGCUCGUUGCUCGGACUGAUCGAGGGCGGUUUCAUUCCAGAUGUAAUACUAUACCUCUCAUACUUUUACACUGGGAAGGAACUCCCGAUCAGACUUUCGUUUUUCUGGACCGCUUACCAAUCGACAAGCAUUGUUUCAGCUUUCCUGGCGUAUGGUAUCCUUCACAUGCGAGGCAUCAAUGGAAUGGCCGGCUGGAGAUGGCUCUUUGCUUUGGAAGGAACUCUCACCGGCCUCAUUGGCAUGCUCUCAUACUUCUACCUUCCUCCGUCGCCGACGCAGACAGCUUCCUGGUUCCGUGGCAAGGACGGUUGGUUCGACGAGCGCGAGGAGAAGAUUAUGGUCAACCGGAUAUUGCGAGACGAUCCCAGUAAAGGCGAUAUGCACAACCGCGAAGGAUUGAGCAUCCGCAUGCUCUGGAAGUGUCUCCAGGACUAUCACAUGUGGCCUAUUUACUUGCUUGGUCUAAGCUGGACCAUUCCCAACACGCCAAUAACAUCGUACUUGACUCUUCAACUAAAGAGCGUGGGAUUUGGUACCUUCGAGACGAAUCUGCUGACGAUUCCGGCAUAUGUGAUCUUCAUAAUUAAUCUUCUGGUCUUGACCUGGUUGAGUGAAAAGCUCAAUGAACGCUUUUUGCUUGCCACAAUCAGUCAAAUUUGGGCGCUCCCGCUCCUGAUUGCACUAGAAGUGUUGCCAGCCGAUCGAUCACCCUGGGUAGCAUGGAUCCUUUCCGUCCUGCUGUACGCUAUGCCGUACGCCCACGCAAUGAUUGUCGCUGUCACUUCGAGAAAUGCUGGCUCUGUGAGAACACGUACCGUUGCCUCGGCAUUGUAUAACAUGAUGGUCCAGACUAGCAAUAUCAUCGGCAACAACAUAUAUCGUACGCCAGAUGCUCCGCAAUAUUACACUGGCAAUAAAGUGCUCCUGGCGAUCGUUGCAUACAAUAUCUGCCUGUUUCUGUUCACAAAAGUCUUCUAUGUGGUCGUCAAUCAGAGGCGAGCCAAGAUCUGGGACGCCAUGUCCAAGGAGGAAAAGGAGAAUUACUUGUCAACCACGAAAGAUGAAGGCAACAAGCGUUUGGAUUUCCGUUUCGCUCAUUGA